GAUGGCCCGAUUGAAACGGAACCCACUUUGGACAUUGCCCCCGAAUUCCAGGCUGAAUGAACUGGAAACUGCGAAGAACUGCAAGGCAGCUAAAAACGAGAGAGAACAAAUAUCAAUCACUUGCAAAACCUUCGUAGCACUCCAUCCCUCUGAAAACCCUCUUCUUCUCAAUAUUUGCCCAUGAAAUUUUGUGUGAUUGCAACUUUGCCGUUCUCACUCCCGCCAAUCUAAAUCCUUUCGACAUCUCAAACCCUCCGUGUCUAGGGUUUGUUUGUGACUCAGAGAGAUAGAAGAUGUCUGUCCCUGCCUUUGAGUGUAUAUACGUUACGGAGGAAUGUAUUCGCGAAUGGAAGGGUGGAAAUUCCAGCUUCCGUAUCACCGACACCGUCUCCACGCUACGCUUUCUCUAUGAGCUAUGCUGGGCUAUGGUUCGAGGUGAAUUGCCGUUCCAGAAAUGUAAAGCAGCAUUGGAUUCGGUUGAGUUCGUGAAUCAAGUGUCAGACACCGAGUUGUCUUCAAGUCUUACCGAUAUUGUUACUCAAAUGGCUCAGGAUCUUACGAUGCCUGGAGAGCACCGUGCUCGCUUGAUAAACUUGGCAAAGUGGCUGGUAGAAUCUGCCUUAGUUCCUGUGAGGCUUUUCCAAGAGCGUUGUGAGGAAGAAUUUCUGUGGGAGGCAGAGAUGAUCAAGAUAAAGGCCCAGGAUCUAAAGGGCAAAGAGGUUAGAGUAAAUACUCGUCUUCUUUAUCAGCAAACAAAAUUUAACCUUCUUCGAGAAGAGAGCGAAGGCUAUGCCAAACUGGUCACUCUUCUUUGCAGAGGUUCGAAAAAUUCAACCCAAAAUGCAUCAGCAGCUACUAUAGGGAUAAUUAAGUCUUUAAUUGGACAUUUUGAUCUGGACCCAAACCGUGUUUUUGACAUUGUUUUGGAGUGUUUUGAACUUCAGCUGGAUAGCAACGUCUUUCUAGGAUUGAUCCCUAUAUUUCCCAGGUCUCAUGCUUCGCAAAUUCUUGGUUUCAAGUUUCAAUAUUAUCAACGUAUGGAGAUAAAUGGUGCUGUACCAUUUGAUCUUUAUAAGCUUACGGCUUUGCUGGUGAAGGAAGACUUCAUUGAUCUGGAUAGCAUAUAUGUUCAUUUACUUCCCAAGGAUGAUGAGGCAUUUGAGCAUUAUAAUGCUUUUUCUACCAAGCGACUUGAUGAGGCUAACAAAAUUGGAAAGAUAAAUCUUGCUGCUACUGGGAAGGAUCUGAUGGACGAUGAAAAGCAAGGAGAUGUCUCAGUAGAUCUUUUUGCGGCCUUGGAUACGGAAGCUGAAGCAGUCAAUGAGCGGUCUCUGGAGCUUGAAAAUAGUCAGACAUUGGGGCUGCUAACUGGUUUUCUUUGUGUAGAUGACUGGUAUCACGCUCAUAUGCUACUUGAUCGUUUGUCAUCACUAAAUCCUGUGGCUCAUAUACGAAUAGGCAAUGGCUUGUUUAGGUUGAUUGAAAAAUCAAUCUCUCCUGCAUAUGAUAUGGUCCGUCAAACACACCUUCGUAGUCUUGGCUCUCUAUAUGGAGCUCCUAUUGAUGCUAUGGAUACAACAAAUUCACCAGAGCAUGUGCCCUCCAUUAAUCUCCCAAGGGAACUUUUUCAGAUGCUGGCUACUGCUGGACCUUACCUUUGCCGUGAUACUUUAUUGCUACAAAAGGUCUGCAGAGUACUGAGAGGAUACUAUUUGUCUGCAGUUGAACUUGUAGGUAGUGGUGAUGGAGCAGCAAGCACUCAACCUAUCCUUGGUGUCAAUGGGAAUGCUCAUCUGCACCUGAAGGAGGCUCAGUUAAGGGUAGAGGAAGCCUUGGGAACAUGUCUACUUCCUUCCAUACAGUUAAUACCUGCAAAUCCAGCAGUUGGGCAGGAGAUUUGGGAAGUAAUGAGUCUCCUUCCAUAUGAGGUGAGAUACCGUUUGUAUGGUGAAUGGGAAAAGGAAGACGAAAGAAAUCCUAUGGUUUUGGCUGCCCGGCAAACUGCCAAGUUGGAUACCAGAAGAAUUUUGAAAAGGCUUGCAAAGGAGAAUUUGAAGCAGCUAGGCAGGAUGGUUGCAAAACUAGCUCAUGCCAAUCCAAUGACUGUACUACGAACAAUUGUUCACCAGAUCGAAGCAUACAGGGACAUGAUCACUCCUGUGGUAGAUGCGUUCAAGUAUUUGACUCAGCUUGAGUAUGACAUCUUGGAAUAUGUUGCAAUUGAGCGAUUGGCACUGGGUGGACGUGAUAAGCUAAAAGAUGAUGGUCUAAAUUUGUCAGACUGGCUUCAAUCAUUGGCUUCAUUUUGGGGUCACCUGUGUAAGAAGUACCCUUCAAUGGAGUUGAGGGGCCUAUUCCAGUAUCUCGUGAACCAGUUGAAAAGAGGACUGGGAAUUGAGCUUGUACUCCUGCAGGAGCUUGUUCAACAAAUGGCAAAUGUCCAGUACACUGAGAACCUGACGGAGGAACAGUUAGAUGCCAUGGCAGGGAGUGAGACUCUCCGCUAUCAAGCUACUUCAUUUGGAGUAACUCGCAAUAAUAAGGCAUUGAUCAAAUCCACUAACAGGCUACGGGAUGCGUUGCUUCCAAAGGAUGAACCCAAGUUGGCAAUCCCUCUAUUGUUACUUAUUGCCCAGCAUCGUUCUGUGGUUGUCAUAAAUGCAGAUGCACCUUACAUUAAGAUGGUCAGCGAGCAGUUUGAUAGAUGCCAUGGAACUCUUCUUCAGUAUGUGGAAUUUCUUUGCAGCGCGGUUACCCCGACUACUGCUUAUGCCCAGCUCAUUCCGUCACUUGAUGAUCUUCUCCACCUCUACCACCUGGAUCCUGAGGUUGCUUUCCUCAUAUAUCGUCCUGUAAUGAGGCUCUUCAAGUGUCAUGGGAGUUUUGAUAUUUUCUGGCCUUUGAAUGAUAAUGAAGCUGCAAACAAUUCAACUUUCUCAGCAGAAAAUACUGGCAAAUUGAUUCUGGAUCUUGGCACUCAGAAGCCCAUGAUGUGGUCAGAUCUUCUUGACACUGUUAAGACCAUGCUGCCUUCGAAAGCUUGGAAUAGCCUUUCUCCUGACCUUUAUGCAACUUUCUGGGGCCUUACCCUUUAUGAUCUUUAUGUUCCUAAUAGUCGUUAUGCAUCUGAAAUAGCCAAGCAGCAUGCUGCUCUGAAAGCCCUUGAGGAAAUUUCUGACAAUUCAAGCUCUGCAAUCACCAAAAGAAAGAAAGACAAAGAAAGAAUUCAAGAAUCUCUAGAUCGUCUUAUGAGUGAACUCCAUAAGCAUGAAGAACAUGUUGCAUCUGUUCGUAGACGGCUUUCCCACGAAAAGGACAACUGGUUGAGUUCUUGUCCCGAUACUCUGAAAAUCAAUAUGGAAUUCCUCCAGCGUUGUAUUUUUCCACGCUGUACAUUCAGCAUGCCAGAUGCUGUCUACUGUGCCAUGUUUGUUCACACUCUUCAUUCUCUUGGGACACCAUUUUUUAACACUGUCAACCACAUUGAUGUUUUGAUAUGUAAAACCUUACAACCUAUGAUAUGCUGUUGUACUGAAUAUGAAGUGGGUAGACUUGGGAGGUUUUUGUAUGAGACGUUAAAGAUUGCUUAUCAUUGGAAGAGUGACGAAUCCAUAUAUGAACGUGAGUGUGGAAAUAUGCCUGGCUUUGCCGUGUAUUAUAGGUAUCCCAACAGUCAGCGUGUUACUUAUGGCCAGUUCGUUAAGGUACACUGGAAAUGGAGUCGAAGAAUCACACACUUGUUGAUUCAGUGCUUGGAAUCUACUGAGUACAUGGAGAUUCGUAAUGCCCUUAUAAUGUUGACGAAAAUUUCUGGUGUAUUCCCGGUCACUCGGAAGAGUGGAAUUAACCUUGAAAAACGAGUAGCUAAAAUCAAGAGUGACGAAAGAGAGGAUCUCAAGGUCCUUGCAACGGGUGUUGCUGCAGCUUUGGCUGCUAGAAAACCUUCGUGGGUCACAGAUGAAGAGUUUGGCAUGGGAUAUGUUGAUUUAAAACCUGCUUCCUCAGUUGCAGGGAGGUCUCUUGCUGCUGGUAAUGUAGUAGCUAUACAAAAUGGUUCUACUCUUACUAUUACUCAAAAUGAAUCUUCUAGAGGAAAGUCAGUUGCUACCAUAACCCAACAUGCAGAUUCUGGAAGAGAGCAGGCAUUGAGGGCAAAAGCUUUUGAUGUGAUAUUGGAAAGAACUGAAGGUGCGUCGCUGAAGGCUGACCAAGGUCAUCUAAAAUUAAAAAGUGGUUCAUUGGUCAAUAAGCUUGAGGCUCAGUCAACAUUUACCCAAGUUGCUGGGAAAGCUGGAACAUCAAGCUUGGCAGAAAAUCAGAAAGAGAUGGAUGAAUCUACAAAUAAGACAUUGGAUGAAAAUGCAGCCAAAGUUGCCCCAAAGAACCAUGUGGAGUCUGAGUUGAAAGCUUCAGUAAAGCGGUCAGUGGUUACUGGAUCACAUACUAGGUUACCGAAGCAAGAUCUUGCCAAAGAUGAGCCUAAAUCUGGAAAGCCUGCUGCCCGAGCAUCAGGUACUUCGAGCAACGAUAGAGAUGCUUCAAGUCACACAGAGGGUAGGCAAGCCAGUGCUGCAAAUGUUUCUUCACUUGCUACCAAUGGUAACAAUAAAGGUUCAACUUCAUCUACAAGAUCCUCAGAUAUUCAUGGUACGGAAUUGAAAGCUGAUCCUGGAGUUGCAAGACCUGAUAUGAGGUAUUCUACUCCAAGAGAAGAUGAGUUUGAAGUUGCUGAUGCACUACGAGCCCCUGCUUCUCGGCUUGGUCAAUCUCCUAGGCAUGAUAAUGCUGCCACUUCAUCAAAGGCCAGUGACAAGCUGCAAAAGAGAAGUAGUCCUGCUGAUGGGCCCGAGAGGCUAAGUAAACGCCGGAAAGGAGAUGCUGAUUCAAGCUUAGAGGGCGAAGUUCGAUUUUCUGACAGGGAAAGAUCCACAGAUGCUCGAUCUGUGGAUCUUAACAAAUCAGGUGCUGAAGAGCCAAUUAUCCAUCGGACUACAGAUAAGCCUUUGGACAGGUCAAAAGACAAGGGAAAUGAAAGAUAUGACAGGGAUUACAGGGAAAGGUCAGAGCGUCCUGAGAAGUCACGUGCUGAUGAUUUGUUGGCUGAAAAACCAAGAGAUAGGUCAAUGGAAAGAUAUGGAAGAGAGCGUUCUGUUGAGAGAGUGCAGGAGCGAGGCAGUGAUAGGAAUUUCGAUAGACUUGCUGACAAAGCUAAGGAAGAGCGAAACAGAGACGACAGAAGUAAAGUGAGGUACAGUGACACAUCUGCUGAAAAAUCUCAUGUUGAUGAUCAGUUUCAUGGGCAAAACUUGCCUCCACCUCCACCCUUACCUCCUCACAUGGUCCCUCAAUCUGUUAAUGCUGGUAGAAGAGAUGAAGAUGCUGAUAGAAGGUUUGGGACUGCCAGACAUACGCAGAAGCUGUCUCCACGUCAUGAAGAUAAAGAAAGGAGGCGUUCUGAAGAAAAUUCUUCAAUUUCACAGGAGGAUGCAAAACGAAGAAGAGAGGAGGAGUUACGUGAGAGAAAGCGAGAAGAAAGAGACGGACAUUCAACAAAGGUUGAGGAGAGGGAAAGAGAGAGAGAAAGGGAGAGGGAGAGAGAGAAAGCAAACCUAUUGAAGGAUGAAAAUGAUGCUAGUGCAGCCUCUAAGAGGCGGAAACUUAAGAGGGAGCAGCUACCUUCUGGAGAAGCCGGUGAAUACUCUCCAGUGGCACCUCCUCCUCCUCCGCUUGCCAUGUCGCUGUCAUUUGAUGGAAGAGAAAGGGGGGACCGAAAGGGAGGCAUGAUCCAGCGUACAGGCUACUUGGAGGAGCCAGCUAUGAGAAUUCAUGGUAAAGAGGUCUCCAACAAAAUGACUCGUCGUGAAGCCGAGCAGAUGUAUGACCGAGAGUGGGACGAUGAGAAGAGGCAAAGAGCUGAACCGAAGCGGAGGCAUCGAAAGUAGUGUUUGUUUUCACUGGUUGAGGCUUGCUUAUUUGUUUUAAGUGCUGUUAGUCAAUCAUAUGCUCAAGUGAUUUAGGGUUAAAUGUGGUUUCCAACCAUCUCGACUUCAAUGUCUUGACAAUUUCUUCCUGAUUUCAGCUAUAGUACAAGAUUAUUGAUUGAUUGCAUUCGUGGUCAUUUACGAAGUUGAUUCUCAUUGUAGAAAUAUUGUAAAUUUUGGUUUGUCUGUAAUCAGUUCUGGCCAAAUUUUUUUCUCCAUUUUUACUACAUGUAGAGUAAAAGCAUCAUCGACUCCUUGUACGGGCUUAAUGUCAAAAUAGACUGUUGAAACCCUUUAGUCUUCGUUAGUAGGAUGGUUUCUUUAAUAA